CCCUCCCUCCAUACAAAGCCAGAAGUCGAGCGGUGUCACAACAAGCCAGGAGCGAAUGGGGGAACUUAUUUUUCCAUCUGGGGGACGAAAGGAAUCGGACAUGGUGGCGAAAAUAUCAAACCCCUGAGAGAAAAAAGGAAAAGCUUCAGCGAGUCGGACUCAGAUUCCUCAGAGAAGGAGAGAGAGAGCAGGAGGGAGAGAGAGGAGGAGAUUCCGGUAGCGCUGGGAGGCAGAGCGUCACAGAAAGAGAUAAAGAGUUUGGAGCAAAAAGAAGAAGAAUAGAAUAUUUGGGGCUAAACAGGAAGCUGGCUGAUUUCAGGACACCUCUCAGAGUGUCACGUCAUGACUGCAUCUCUGGAUGCCAGGAAUUUCCUGGACAGCAUGAACCACAGCGGCGGCUCCACAGAGGGAGAGCUGUUCAGAUCAGACGUGUCGGUCACUCCUGCUCCCUGUCAGAGGAUCUUCGGCUCCAUGUKCUCGGUGUCGUCAGGAAGCCCCCUCCCGCACACAGACAGUGCCACCCCUCCUCCAGUGUGGCAUGACCGGACUCCACCCCAGCCCUCACCCCCUCUCUCCCUCAGCACUCCCAACGCCCACAGUUCUCCCAGGGGGCCUCUGAAAAGCCCGGUUGGAGGUGUGAGCGUUCGCAGAGAGACGGACAGCCCAGACUUGUCCUCUCUGUUGUUGGGGAACGGCAACCUGGAUCACAGCCUCCUGGAGGCCAUGGAGGGACUCGGGGGUCUGAGCCUCGGGGGAGACGGGAGCCUCGCUCCACUGCUGCCUGAGAAGAGGAGAUGGGGUGAGGGGGGGGAUCUUGGCUCCCGCUCCCCUUCUCUAAGCGGUUUUUCCAGCCCUCAUAGUGGAAGCAGCAUCAGCAUCCCAUUCUCAUCUUCCAUGACCCCGGACCCCCUCAGAGGACUCAGCGGGGCCCCUUCACCCGGAGCAGACUUUGGCAGUAAGCAGGACACCGUGAAGUUUGUUCAAGACACUUCCAAGUUCUGGUACAAGCCCGACAUUUCCAGAGACCAAGCCAUCACAGUGCUGAAGGACAAAGAGCCAGGCUCGUUCGUCGUCAGAGACAGUCACUCGUUCCGCGGAGCGUACGGUUUGGCUAUGAAGGUGGCGACGCCCCCUCCUUCUGUGGUACAACAGAGUAAGAAAGCAGGAGACUUGUCCAAUGAGCUGGUGAGACAUUUCCUGAUCGAGUGCACACAGAAAGGAGUUCGUCUUAAAGGCUGCCCCAACGAGCCUUACUUUGGAAGUCUCACUGCUCUGGUGUGUCAACACUCCAUCACUCCUCUGGCUCUGCCCUGCAAACUCAUCCUGCCUGACAAAGACCCAGUGGAGGAGCUGAAUGACUCAUCUGCACAAACAGCGACAAACUCAGCAGCUGAACUCCUCAAACAGGGAGCAGCGUGCAAUGUGUGGUACCUGGGCUCUGUGGCGCUGGAGUCGUUGACGGGACACCAGGCCGUGCAGAAGGCGACCACAGUGACACUCUCCAUGGACCCGCCGCCGGCCUCGACCGUGGUCCACUUCAAAGUGUCGGCACAGGGCAUCACGCUCACCGACAACCAGAGGAAGUUGUUCUUCAGGAGACACUACGCCGUCAACACAGUUAUAUUCUGUUCUCUGGACCCACAAGGCAGGAAAUGGACAAGAGGCAGCAGCUCCACUGCGAAGAUCUUUGGAUUCGUCGCCCGGAAAUCUCAGAGCGAGACCGAAAACAUGUGCCAUCUGUUUGCCGAGCACGAUCCGGAGCAGCCGGCGAGCGCCAUCGUAAACUUCGUCUCGAAGGUCAUGAUUGGGUCGCAUAAGAAGUAACGAGAGAGAGAGAGAGAGACUCAAACUACAGACUGAGGCUCAGCUUCAAGCCCACGCACUACUUCAAUAUGAGUGAAGUGAAAUAAAAAUAAGACUUCUGCAAAAACGUUUUCUCCCAAGAGGCAAAAAAAAAAAAAAAAAACAUGAAGCCACACACUCCGGCCACUGGUCCUGUCGGUCCAACCUGCAGAACAACCAGCACUGCCACUAGAGGAAGCCAAAACCUCCAUGUAUAAAGUUAAAGGAUCUACUAUGAAAACCAGAUUUUAUCACAUUUUAAAACUUUGUCUGACCUGUUUGUACUUUAAAUUCACCACAUCACACCGUGUCAGCUUCCCGCUGGAAGUCACCGUCGACAAAUAACUAAUUUCAUUGUGAUUAAACCUGAAGAAUAUCAGAUAUUCUGCACAUAAAUAUAUGAACUUAAAAGUGAGGUUAUGAUUUUUUCCUUUGUUGUAAAAAUGUAUAAAUCAGAUUUCAAUGUUAAAAACCCAGAGUUACCGAACGUCAGGUGACAAAGCCGACGACGUGGUUGCUUUGUGCUUGAGAUGGAUUUAUUGUUUUGUGUUUAUAUUUUGCUCAAAGUAUUUAUCCCUUUUUACUGACUUGUAAAAAUCGUUGUUUUUCCUGAAUAUAUACUUGUCAUAUAUUUUUGUAUAUUAACACAAACUGUACAAAUAGGAUUAAAGGCAGCGUACCUCACAGUUUAUACAUGACAUUUUAUUAUGGGUAAAAUUUGGUGUAUUAUUUUGUAUAACAGUAAGUGAUCUACAUAACCUGCCCUCAUGUUGUGACAUUUUAUCAGUAAUUGAGUCACUAUGAUAAAUAUCAGAAUAUAUUUUACAUUUCA